AUGGCCGACAACUCUGCUGUACAAGCCAUAUCUGAAAACCUCUUCGCAGAUCGCUGGACAUUAGCCGUACUUGCGCUAUUUAUUUACGAUUUCAUCCUCACGCUCGACAGCGAGUUGAUGCUCUUCUGGACGGUAGGCCACCUGUCCGGAGCAACCAUUCUGUUUCUCCUCAAUCGAUACAUCACUCUCACGUGGCAAAUCAUAAAUAUCAUUCCGCUCCCUUCUUCUGUGGAGGUCGCUAGUGAAGUAUCACCACUGCCAACAAGUGUGAUUACACUUCUGGAGGAACCGUACGUCCACGAUGCAUCUCGCCUCCAGAUUCUCACCGACACGCCAUUUUAUGUCAGCUUGACCUCUAUCCUUACAUCGAGGUUCCUCAUUAACCUGCAGAAGGCCCAGCGCAAGAUGGCGGGCUCUUCUCAGUCAGUCUCACUUGGGGAACUUGCAUUCCAAGCGCAGACCUCUGGCAACACCAGUCGCUUCAUUGGUUCCUUGGGAGUGCAGCUGUCCUUUUACGAAGAUGUGGGUGAAGGAGAGAACGAGGUCGAAGUGGCAUCGUAG